CUUCACCACGGUAACAGCUCCCUUGUAAACGGUUGUACAAUACUCUUUGAUAGACUUCUUGCUAUUGUUUAUAAUUGGUUAUUUGUUGGCCUAGGACCUCGCAACAAAAACGUUUGUUGUACCCGGUUGGCAGGCGUUUUUCUGAAUGGCCCUUUGCAACACACCUCUCCGCGUUGGCUCUUUGGCUGCUUCGCCCCGCGCUGUACUUCCCAUAUCGCCGCGGCAAUGUCCUCGCAUAAAAGGGCAUGGCGGGCCGCAGACCGCGGCUGCCUCCGCAAGUAUUACCCUUGCCAACCAUUCUGGGAUUUCCACAACUCAAGCACCACAGCAAACUGAAUCCUUCCUCAGCCGUUACGCACUUGGGGCUCCAUUGGGACAGGGAGCGAUGGGCACUGUAGUGUCCGCGUGCGACCGAGUAACUGGCGAGGAAGUGGCUGUUAAGGUUGUCGCGAAGCAGUCAAAUGCGGGCCGUCACCAACGUUCGGCAUUGCACCGCGAGGCUAGCUUAUGGCGUCGUGCUUGCGCUGCAAGCCGUCAGGCGGGUCGCUUCAUUGCGAUCGAGGAGGACGCUAGCAACUACUAUAUUAUCGCGGAGAAGUGCAAUGGCGGCAGUCUGCAGCAGAUGCUUGACGAUCGGGGCGCUCUCUCGGAGGUAGAGCUGUCGCAGGUUGCCUGGUGCGUGCUAACAUUCCUGUCGGACAUGCACUCCCAAUCCAUGUACUACGGCGACCUGAAGCCCGGUAACGUCAUCCUGAAGGACGUCUACCCCUGCAGCUCCGAUCCCGGCUGCCUGAACGUGCGCGUGGUGGACUUUGGCUGCUCGCAGCUGGUGACCCACGGGUCACCCCUGCGUUCCCUGAGCGGAUCGCCUCUGUUCCUGGCGCCUGAGGUUAUCACGGGCGCGUACGGCCUCCCAGCGGACAUGUGGGCCUUUGGUGUGAUGCUCUUCAUGCUCAUUUGCAACCGCCUGCCUUUCUGGCUGGAGCCCAUUCCCUACCUGGAGCAGCUCGAUAUGGACUCGAUUCACGAUGCCAUCCGUUACAACCCGGUGCUGUUUGCGGGUCCCAAGUGGCGUGGGGUGAGUGAGGAGCUCAAGGACCUGAUCUGUGGACUGUUGGAAAAGGACCCUGCGCGGCGGUUGACAGCUGCGAAGGCCAUGGAGCACCCCUGGUUUGAAAGCACCAAGGACAUGUGCACGCUUGCGUUGUAGGGGCUUUGCAAACAGUUAAUGCAAGAGAGUGCAGAGUUGCUGUUGCUUUUGCUGUUGUUGUAACUUUAGUAGCUUGUAAGAGGUGGUGGUAAAGAGGUGGUGGUGGUGGUGGAGCGAGGAGGUAUAGGAUUGUGUGCGUGCCAGGGACACGCGGCGGCGGUGAUGGUGGAUGCUGUGUGGGGAGGGAGCGGGAGCGGGUGCGGGGGACAGUUAGUACUGUGUGCGUGUGCGAGGAGGGGGAAUGUGACGACACGAGGUGGGAAGUUGGGCAACGGCGAUGGCUCUGAUGGGUUGUAUCAGUUGGCUUACAGUUGAUGCAUUUUAUGAUGAAAAAGCGGUAUUGGUGUGUGAAAUGAGGGCCGCUGUGCGGUGAAACAGAUUUCCAUGCCACUUGAUUUGCUUGUGUGGGAGACGAGAGAGGUGUGUUUGUUUGAUGGAGUAACCCCGAAUUAAGGAUAGAUGCGGUUUGGGGAGUUUGGUGUGUUUUCAGGGUUCAAUUCCACGUGUCCACGCAUUCUGUGGUUAGAUCGCGCAUAGGGUUGUGAUUUGAUAUACCCACGUGAAGAGGAGAGAGAUGCUGCCCGUUCAUUACUAACCUCCUCUUCCCUUUCCUGGUAUCCUAGGUUUGUUGUACGAUUGUUAUGUACGGCAAACAGAGGACAUCACCCUUGACGCACAAGAGAAAAAGCGAGAGCGAGUGUGUCGCUUUAGAAGCCCCGAGAGAUGUGUAUGCGACCUUUAUGUGUGUUUUAUGUGUGCUAAGAGUUGUGCAAUUGUUAUUUCAUGAGUAUCAAGACACAUCGGCAGGGAUGUUUUAUGUCAAGAGGUAAGCAGCAGAAGCACUGUGGUUGACUCGGUGUGGUUUUGGGGUUGCUGGGGGAAUCUAUUGCGGUGAAGGCUUUUGAGCCUUGUGCGCCCUAUGUGCUUACUGUGUGUGUGUUGACGUUUGGAAGGCUUCACCUGAGCUUCAACGCUAACUUUAUUACCCUUAACCGCCAAACUAACUAACUACUUGUACGCUACUCGAACCUUUACUGCUUUCACUCUAUGCUCGCUAUGCUGGCACAUCUUGGCGACUGUUGAGGUAUGGCGGUUACCCGUUGAUGCUUGGCUGACAGAGAUGUGGUUACAGCAUGUCUCGAUUCGGUUACCGGAACCGGUUCGGUUCGGAUACUUGGAUCCUGCUGGUGGGUCGUUGUUGUGCAACUCUCCGCAGCUUGUGGUGGUCGCAGCGGUGUUUGAUGUCGUCCCGUCCCUCGAGGGCUUCCUCCCUCAUUGCUUGUGCCUAGGUUGCUUGUGUUCGAUACAUGUAUCAGGUCUCGGGGCCGUGUGCGUGUGUGGGUUGGCAACUAGGCUUUCGAACUUGGGUUUUCGCAGCUAGUCAGCUUGUAUUACGUUGGGGUUAGCACAGCUUCAGGUGGGCUUGUGUUGUGGAUUUUGAUGCUUUAUGACUCGCUCGGGAGGUCUUCCACCAUGCUUGGGCGUUGGAGCACUUUGCUCAUCAUUACGGGGAACGGAGUUGCAGCGGUGCUUUCCUAUGGCCGUGUGUAGGGCCCUCAGGUCUCUAUGGAACUGCGUGCAGCAAUCUCUGCCGUACAAUUUGCUUGGCAAGUUGGUCUGGCCACUUGUCUGUGUUGAGCAACAACGGACUGACUGAAUCACCGGAGCGUUGGUUGGGUGUUUGUCUUGUACUGUAUCACCGCCACUUAGAAGUGAAUCUGGUUAGGAGGCAUGUAGGUAUCGCCCUUUGAGUGUAUGUGUGUAGCACAGAAGAGGAAUGGUUGUGUCUGUUGUGUUGCGGUAUCGCUUUCACCGGCUAGGAUUCCGAACAGUCUUGGUUGAUCCUGCCCUAUAGUUGAAAGCAUGCCAGGGUGCCUGCCUCUAGGGGGCUAUCACCGCUGACCUUCUGUACUACUAUAACAUGUUGUGAGGACUAACUUGUAAUGUGCAUUCGUGGAUUUCCUUGAUACCCUUUUGGUGGUAUUGCUGUCCUUUGGAGUUGGGUGGUAUGCCUAGUGGUAUCGCUUGUGUGCAGUGGGCUACGUUGCGUGAGGAGGGUGGCUAGCGGCCGGUUGAUUGUGUGGGUGGUAGUCUUGUGUCUUGGCGUGGUGUUGGGGACGGAGGAGGAGAAGGAUAGGCCUGGCAGGCGUUUUGCUGCCGCAUUGCUGCUUACCGUUGCUCGAGUCGGGUGCUUGUUUGCACUUGGCGGCACUUGCGCUAAAAGGUCCCCCAUUCGCGCGGGUUUGUUAACGCUCCGAGCCGUAUAACUGAGUGCGGGGGUAUUGACAGUGUUACUUUGACUGCAGAUUGUUCGGCAUCUCUUCCUUCCCUUGUGCACUCUGUAGUUCUAAAGGUGUUCGUAGUUGGCUUUGGCGUGGGGCCUGGGUUGGGAGAUGGGUUUGCAACUGCGGUGUACUGUGUGAAUGGGAUGGCGGUAUGCAUUAUUCGAGAUGUCACGUUUCUUGUGGCUUAUAGUAUGCUUUGUCGGAUUUGAUUGGUCAAGUGGCUUCAAUUGCGUCGUUAUGGUGUCGCUACGUGGUACGGCAGCACCCGCUGGCGACAAAGUUUUGGUCCAACUUGGGUGUAACGUGGUUUAGUAAGAAGCAUUGUAAGUACAAAUGUACAAUACACACGAGGUAACUAUAAGGGGCAAAACUCUG